AAAGUGAAGAAGAAAUAGAAAGUAAAAUGGAAGACGAUGAAGAACCUCCGGUAGCCAUCAAAAUCAAGGAGAUAGAAGACCCUAAAUCAUCUAUUAAUCAAUCCCAAAACGACAACGUUUCCGUUGUUGGUGUCACCGUCAUUACCGGCUACCUAGGCGCCGGAAAAUCCACUUUGGUGAAUUAUAUACUGAAUUCGCAACAUGGGAAGAGAAUAGCAGUAAUAUUGAAUGAAUUUGGGGAAGAAAUAGGGGUAGAAAGAGCAAUGAUUAAUGAAGGAGAAGGAGGUGCCAUUGUUGAAGAGUGGGUUGAGCUUGCUAAUGGAUGUAUUUGUUGCACUGUCAAGCAUAGUCUUGUUCAAGCUUUGGAACAGCUUGUUCUUAUGAAGGAAAGACUCGAUCAUAUAUUACUGGAGACUACAGGUUUGGCAAACCCUGCGCCUCUUGCAUCCGUCCUUUGGUUGGAUGAUCAGCUGGAGUCUUCUGUUAGGCUUGAUUCCAUCAUCACUGUUGUUGAUGCCAGAAACCUUCCCUACCAGCUGAAGCAACAUACCGAUUCAUCUUCUUUUCCGGAAGCUUACUAUCAAAUAGCCUUCGCGGAUGUUGUGAUACUUAAUAAGGUUGAUAUGAUAUCUCAAGAGCAUCCUGAAGGUACUCUCGAAGACUUGGAGAAGGAGAUACAUAAGAUUAAUUCUCUUGCUAAUAUAAUCCAUUCAGUUCGUUGUCAAGUUGACUUGUCUAAGAUAUUGGAUCGCCAUGCUUAUGAUGCUAAACAUGCUUCUCAUUUGGAGGCUUUAUUGGAAGAAAAUAGAUCUUUAUCUACUGGGGAUCUUCAUGAUGUUAGUGUUAGGACCCUAUGCAUUUCAGAUCCACAAGUGGUUUCUCUUGAUAAGGUUCGCGUAUGGCUUGAGGAUAUUCUUUGGGACAAGAAGGCGGGCAUGGAUGUCUACCGCUGCAAAGGAGUUCUAAACAUUCUCGAUUCUGAUGAACUCCAUACUCUACAGGCUGUGAGAGAAAUAUAUGAUAUUGUUCCUUCUCGUGCGUGGAAAAAAGAAGAAAACCGGAUGAACAGAAUAGUGUUUAUUGGUCGAUGCUUAGAUGAGAACAUUCUAGCUGAUUCAUUUAGGGCUUGUAAGGCAACCAGCUGACAUUUGCAUUUCAAGUGUGCUCAAUCGACGAUGACGCUUUUGAGAUUAUGCUGAUUAGCAAGAAAAGCUCAUACAAGUACUAUCCAUAUUGCUUGAAGUCUGAAGAUGUGCUUGUAUCUGUUAUAAAAGUUCUCUAUGUUCAUUCUGGUUUGCUGAUUGUGCAGCAAUAGUUGCUAUUAUAUGUAGCUCGCUCAAUACAAAAUAGGAGUAAACACAUAAGAACAAUAAUUGUGGACGAACUUUUGGCCCUGUUUGUUUAGGAGAUACCAUUGACCAAUUUUUGGAAUUUGAGAUGAUUACAUAUUUACAUCCGAGGUCGGGUUUUAUUGUUUU